AUGAUCUGCAAGGAGGGUGCCAUCGAUGUAAUCAGCAUCGGCGGCAAUGUGGUCCACACAACCAAUACCUUCGGCGUGGGAGCAGGAGGAAACCAUCACAAUUCAAACGGCGGCAAUAAUUCGAUGAAUGGCCACCACACGCUGCAGCACCGACGAAAGUCACAGCUGAUCACAUUCAGCGCAUCAUCCUGUGAUAUUAAAAAUAGUCUCAGUCAUGAGGUUAUUCUGGUCAAUAACAAUGGCAAUAGCAAUAGCAAUAGUAAUGCCGGCAAUAGCAGUGGCGGUAAUAGUGUUGUCAGCGGACCACGCGGCAGCAUAGUGGGCAGCAUUAGUAACGGUAGCGCCGUUAUCAUUGGCAAUGGCAGCGCCGGUAGUGGCAGUGCCGGUGGCGGCAAUGUACGCCUCAGUUUCGCCGAGGAAGAUAUAAUGAUUGUGGCCAAUGGCACUGCUGGUGGUGGUGGUUCUAUUUCAGUUUCCGGCUCUGGUAGCGGUGGCUCCGGUUCAGGUAAUGACGGCGACAUCGAUGAUGAUGUAUUUCGGCGGCGCUCAAUCGAUGUCGAUGAGGAUGAGGAGGAGGCCGAGGACGAUGGCCUCUUCGACGAUGUUUAUGGUACACAUAUUGAUGUGGCGCAUAAUCCCAAUGAUGAUAGCGGCGGCGGUAGCUAUGAGGAUUCGCAUGCAAUGCAUAGCUCGCUGGCGGGUAGUAAUCGCAAUAGUUUGGAAAAGGACGACGAUGACAUUGAGGCGGAUGUGAUCAGCACAGAUGUUAGCUGUUACGAUCAGUUAUUGGGUAGCAGUUGCAAUACGCGCAAUGACGAAGACGAAAUAGCGACUCUGGUUGGUGAAGGCGAUAACUACACAAAACUAUGUAAAACAGUUGUUAAGGGCAAGGCCGCUUUAAAUGGUGUUGGUAAUGGUGGUAUUGGUGAGAACGGUGGCAUCAUAUACGCCAAUCCGUUUAUGGAUGAUGAAGGCAUCGCGGAGUCAGGAAUGUAAAAGGCACUAACUACAGUCAAAUUAAAUACUAUGUAUGUAUAUUUAAAGCUGAACAAAAGCAAAUAAGUAGGCGAUCAGACGUUUGCGAACUAAAUUGAUCAAUAAG